AUGGCGCCUCGAAGGAACUUUCAUUUAACGUUAAAGGACAAACUGGACGUGAUUAAAAAGUUGGACAACGGUGCUCGUAUGACCGACUUGUCGAAAAUAUACAAAAUACCGCGCACGACCAUGUACAACAUUAAGGCGAAUCGGGACAAAAUCGAAAGCAUUAUGCAGAACCAAAGUUUGCGAUUGGACUACCGAAGGACGACGAAAAUCUCCAAGCAUCACGACAUGGAAGAGGAUUUGUUUAGUUGGUAUUUGGAGAGAGUCAGGAAUAACAAAACCGUCAAGACGGAAGAGAUGCGGGAAACGGCGUUGGAGCUUUACGAAAAACACGGCCACACCGAACCUUUCAUCGCCAGCGACGGCUGGUUGCACAGAUUCAAGAGAAGGUUCGGGAUCGUACCUCUAAAGCACGAGAGAGAUAUGCAAAAACUACUACAAGGUCCCAAAACCCCAAAAUCCCCCGAAAAGGCUGUAAGCUCUAUAAAUGUGGAACUGGAAAAUAGUAACUGGGGCAACAAAAUAGAGUUUGUAGAGGACUGCUUAGAAGAAGAAGACGGCGAAGAAGGGGAAUACAAAGGGGAAGUUGAGAAUUAUGAAAACGAAAAUGAAGAUGACCAAUAUGAAGAAACGGUGGAAGAAGAAGAGGAGGAAGAAAUAGAUAAAGUCGAAUUAAAACCUCGCAUUACAAAGGAAAUGUUCGUGGUUUCAACGACUAAAAAUUCGGACGAUGAUAAUAAAAAUAUAGAUAAAAACCAGAAGGACAAACUAAAACCAAGAAUCAAAAAGGAAAUGUUUGUAGGUUCGUCCCAAACAAGUAUUCAGCCUACAAAAUCAGAAGAUCGUCUUCAAGCUAGUAUUAAUGAAAGUUUUGAGGAAAAUAGCAACAAAUCAAAAAAUGCACCUUGCAAGAAUGAACCUUUACCUCAAAAUGAACCUAUAGAUCAAAAGCAGCCUACCAAAUCGGAAGAAGCACUUCGUGGUAUAGACAUAAGUAUCGAAUGGGCUGAGCAAAAUGAUUCAAAUCCAACCAUUAUGGCAGCUUUGUAUAAAUUGAGAGGAGAUAUUAUUUAUAAAAUGUAUACGGAUAAAAAAUAG